CUAAUAGACACACCUCUUUGGCUCUUAUUUUCUAAAGUCAAACCUUUUAUUUUAAACCUAUACGUCAAACGCCUCAAGUUCACUUCUAUCACUCUUCUAGUUCUUCAAUCUUUUAUAAAUAUAUAUACUCAUUUAACUAGAAGUAUCCCACCAUGGAUGAAGGCUCCACUCUAAGCUCCUCUAGUUCAUCGGCUAUGAAUACUUAUAUUUCCCUUCGUACCCGGCCGAGCUCACGCGCAAAGCAUUAUUCGCCAUCGUACCGUAAUCGACCACAAUCUGCUAUAAUCGAAGGCACCGGCAUCUGCACACCUUACGCCAACAACGUUCACCUUAGAUCCGGUCAGUGCCUUCGACAGGCCGUCAAAGCUUUACUUCGUAUACGGCAGCGGACAACAGAUUUGAGACGAGAUCUGUCUGACUCAAGCGUAGACAUCCAUGCAGGAGAUUAUUAUAGCACAUGUCAUAUAUGGGACUUUUGCAUAGAAAAUCGCUAUGAAGACGGCUGUAUUGUAACUGAAGCGAAAUUAUUGCGUUUUCUUGAUGAAGUCGUUGUGCCCAGAGGCAAUUUAAAAAAGGGUCGAAAGGAUGAUGGUUCUGUACAUGAACUUAAAAUGGAAACUAUUCAACAAUACAUCAAGGCGGUAGUUAACCUUCAUGCAAUUCAAUUUUUCAGAAAUACAUCCAGGGAAGCUAGUCGAAAACGUGAAAGCUGCGAGGAUCGCGCUCGUCACACUGCACAGGACGGUUACACCCCUGAAGAACUUGUCAAGUUAUCAAUGUUCUAUUUCAAAGAAGGAAAGGAGAAGUCACUCAGGGAUCGAAUGCUCUUUCUGAUGCAGCAUAUGAUGCUGUUACGUGGUGAGAGCACUAGAGAUAUGAAACUAUGCGACCUCUUCCCUUUAGAAUUCAAGGAUGAAAGAUUCUCUGAAUGCUUUGUACUGGCUCUACGUCUGGAUCAUGGAAAAACAGUCAGGGAGCGCAUCCAGUAUGCUGGUACCAUCCGACAUGUGUAGAAACAAACUAAAAUCUCUUCAAUAAAAAAAAAACAUUAUUGUAGUUGUUAUUGAUGUUUGAAGGGCUCCUCUGCCAU